UCCAUGUAAACGACAUCGUUGCAGCAGUCCCAAUGAGACUCAAAUCCCAAAACUCCUUUUUAGCAAGUAAUCCUUUUCCGAAACGGCGGCGUUCGGUUCCCAAUCGCCAACCUCUCUGUAUAUAAACCCUAACCCUCCACAAUCACAAUCACAAUCACAAUCACAAAUUUUCUCUCUCUUUCUCUCUCGCUCCCGGAAGAAGCAAUCAUUCAGUCGAGAAGAACAUUACAGUCGAGACGAAAACGAUGUCGUCGUCUGCUGAGAACAAGAAGAUAAUGCUCAGGAGUUCGGACGGUGAGACGUUCGAGGUGGACGAGGUGGUGGCGCUGGAGUCGCAGACGAUCAAGCACAUGAUCGAAGACGAGUGCGCCGACACCGUGAUCCCCUUGCCGAAUGUUUCCGGUCAGAUUCUUUCAAAGGUAAUUGAGUACUGCAAGAAGCACGUGGAAGCCACUACAAGCAAGGAAGCUGGUACUCCUAAAAUGUCUGAUGAUGAUCUCAAGAACUGGGACCAUGAGUUCGUCAAGGUUGACCAGAAUACGCUCUUUGAUCUCAUCCUGGCGUCCAACUAUUUGAACAUCAAGGGGUUGCUUGAUUUGACCUGCCAGACCGUGGCUGACAUGAUAAAGGGGAAGACGCCGGAGGAGAUCCGCAAGACCUUCAACAUCAAGAACGAUUUCACUCAGGAGGAAGAAGAUGAAGUCAGAAGGGAGAACCAAUGGGCCUUUGAGUAGAAGAACCAUCAAGGCCGGCCUUACA